AUGACCAAGGAAAUCAAAGCCGAAGAGAAGGCAAAGGAUGAGUCUUGGUAUGCGGGCGACAUUGAAACAAUUGACGGCUCCUAUGAACCCCUCAGCCCAGAGGAAGAUAAAAGAAUCCUCCGAAAAUUGGACAUGUGUCUAUUGCCUGUCAUGGCUCUCUCAUAUCUUUUUCAAUACCUUGACAAGUCAGCACUUGCAUCAACUGCAAUCAUGGGUCUUCGUGAAGACUUAAAUCUUACUGGUGAAGAAUAUUCUUGGUCAAGUGGAAUAUACUACUUUGGCUAUCUCGUGGCAUCCUACCCAGCGGGUGUACUGAUGGUUAGGUGGAGAGUUGGCAAGUUCAUUACGGCUUCCAUCCUAGCUUGGGGCGCAAUUCUAAUGUUGACUGCCACAUGCCACAACUCUAGUGGUCUUCUUGCAACCCGAUUUUUCCUCGGUGUUGCCGAGGCAGCGAUUGCUCCCGGACUCACAAUCAUUAUUUCCAUGUUUUAUAAGAGAUCUGAACAGCCUCUCCGUCAUGCAGCGUGGUUUCUAGGAAAUACAUGUGCUGGGCUAUUCGGAGGGUUGCUCAAUUACGGAAUCGGGCAUAUAGAGACUAUUGCGCCGUGGAAGGCAUCUUUCCUGAUCCUUGGAGGGGCAACUGUUGCCUGGUCAAUUUCCAAUAUCUUCCUGCUUCCAGAUACGCCAUCAAAUGCAUGGUUCUUGAAUAUUUCGGAUCGGGAAAAGGCUGUGGCGCGAGUUCAGGAGAAUCUGACUGGAAUCAAAAAUGACAAGUUCAAGUGGGAGCAAUGUCAAGAGGCAGUUAUGGAUAUGAAAACGUGGUUCCUGGUUCUUAUUCAAUUCAGUUCCAAUAUUCCAAACGGUGGAGUAACAACCUUCCGGUCUAUUAUUCUUACCGGGAUUGGCUUCAGUACGUUCGAUACUCUGCUUCUACAUCGGACCUACUGGAUGAUGCUAUCAUUUGCAGUUGCACUGGUUGGAGCAGCCCUCGUUCGUGAACUACCAGAAUAUGAAAAAUGGGGUCGAUAUGCUGGAACCUGUCUGAUGGGGGCUAACUCGGCUUCUUUCCCAUUAAUGAUGUCGAUGGUUUCUGGAAAUAUUGGUGGAUUUACAAAGAAAACAACAGUGAACGCAUUGAGUUUUAUAGCCUAUUGCGCCGGUAACAUUAUCGGCCCACAACUGUUUUUCGAAAGAGAAGCACCCUCCUACGAUUCGGGAUUCAUUGCGCUCAUGGUAUGUCAAGCAGCAUGCUUCAUGCUAUGUUUAAUGUUCCGCUUCUAUCUUAUGUGGAACAACCGUAUUCGCGAACAACAAAAUGAGACAACAAGUGCGGCGGAUACCAGUGAUAUGCGAACAGACACAAUUAUGGCCAUGAUGGACAAAACCGACAAGGAGAUUGACCACUUUAGAUACGUAUACUAG